ACCUGACAUGAUGCUGCAGCUGAGGCUUAGCUGUUAUGACAAUAUUACCAAACGUCCCUUCGUCAGUUGUACUGAUAAUUACCAAAGCACUAUAGCACUAUACAUAAUGGAUCCCUUCAAACAAUUAACGGACGUGUCUGCCAAAAUAUUGACGGAAUGCUCGCAGUACGCGAUCAGCGUCAAGCAUGCAAAGCGGGAUAUUGAGCGGCUGAGGGUGCGUCUUGCCAAUCUGAACAAUAUCCUCCAACAAGCAAGUAUGCUAGUUAGUUCAGCAAAGGUCGAGGAUUUGAUUGUAUCGAAGGGCCUUGAGAGUGUUUUUCGCGACUGUCAGACGACUUUAGAGCAGAUAUACGGUGUGCUAGAGGCUGGCAGUAGCACAGAGAUGCGUCGACUGGGACAGCGUGCCUUGGAAUGGCCGCUAAAAGAAAAGGAAGUUACGGAAGCAAUAGCCAAGCUCGAAAGAUAUGAACAGAGUAUUAUGAGCGGUCUGCAGAUUGACCAAACGAGCAUGAUUAUAGAAAUAAAAAACAGGAUGGAUAACAUAUCUCUGGCGCAAAGAGAACAGAGUCCAAAAACAAAGACCAGCUUUUUGGUUCCUUACUAUCAAGAUACAGAUUAUGUUAACCGUCCGGCACUUGAACACUGGCUUCAGGAACAAGACACUGGUCCGCAUUCGCGGUUCUCUCUCGUUGGACUUGGAGGUUUUGGGUACGUUGGUAGUCUAACGAUCAAAGAUCUAUACUAAAAUAGCCAUUAGCAAAUCCCAGCUUGCUAUUGAAUAUGCGUACAGAGUACACAAGCAGACCGCUGAGAGACAUGUCUUCUGGGUUCAUGGCGCCACAAGAAACAGCAUCGAAGAUUCGUUCAGAGACAUUGCGAAUGCAUUAUCCAUUGAAGAUAGAAGCUCCCCAAAUGCAGAUAUCAUGGAACUUGUCCGCGGACGUCUGCAAAUUGAGAGUAAGCCAUGGCUGAUGAUUGUCGAUAACGCGGACAAUAUGGAUACCUUCUUUUCCAGUGGCAGUCGCCCUAUAGCCUCAUAUUUUCCCAAAUCAGCAUUGGGCAAGAUUCUAAUUACAUCACGUUCCCUAGAUGUUGCUGAGAGACUGACAGGCACGGAGAAAGCCAUCAAGCGUUUAGGCGUGAUGGACGGUAAUGAAGCGUUGGAGUUUCUUCGAAAAAAGGCUACGCGAGAGAUUGGCGACGCUGAUGGGAGAAGUCUUAUUAAAAUACUGGAAUCUGUCCCUCUUGCUAUGAACCAAGCAGUGGCAUAUAUCAACCGUCGCCGAAUACCAGUUUCUCGAUAUCUGGAGAUCUUCCAACGGAGCAAUCGAGACAAGAGCACACUACUGAACUUUGAUUCAGGGGAUAUUCGACGCAACGAAAAUGUUUCUAAUUCUAUAAUCACAACGUGGCAAGUAACACUGAAUCAAAUACAAGAGGAACACCCUGACGCCGCAAACCUACUCUCUCUGAUGAGCUUCUUCCACAACACCAACAUACCAAAAGUAUUCCUCCGGGGCCAUUCUGUUGACCCUGACGAUGGCACUCUUGACGACAACUUGGAUGUUCUAUCGGCCUAUUCUUUGGUUAUCACUGAGUUUGACUCGGAUGUCUGCGAUAUGCAUUCUCUUGUCCAAUUUUGCGCACAAAAGUGGCUGGCUGCUUCAAACAAUUUGGCUCACUCAAAACACACAUUUCUAGAACAGGUAUGCGGCCAUCUCCCAAAGCGAGAAGAUGCAAAAUUUUGGAAGCUGGCUUCUGCCACAAUGUUUCACAUUGACUCGGCUCUUGAUAAUGACCGAAUUACGGAUGACGAUGUUUACUCGUACGAAUACACCGUCGCCAGUAUAUAUCUAGUCAAGUCGAUAGAGCACAGCGAUUUAAGAGCACCAGCAUUCGCGGAUAGAAUGGCCAGGGCAGCCCUUCGCAAUAACCAGCCUUCCACUGCACUCAUUUUCAUGCACGGGUGUGCCAAUGCCUAUCUAAUACAUGGUGACGUGGAGAAAGCUGCCUUGGUGUAUGAGCGCAUUGACGAGCUUGAUAUUAAAGACGGCGACGCAAGCACUCCUCCUCCUGCCCGAGUUGAAAUAGAUCAACUCCGUUUCUAUAGGCAACAGGGCAAGCUGGAGGAAGCAAAUAUGCUGGCAUCAAAGUUGAUUAAUAGAAUAGAAGACCAGAUUGCACAGCACGAUCCCCAUACACCACUAUACGAAAGACUAGCAGGCUUUGACAACUUGAUCAACAUCUAUGAUUACCAGCUCCAACCAGUGGAGGCGGAAGCCACCGCCGAAAGAUUCAUUGAUGCCUGCCAAGGAAAUAUGGACAAGCACGAUGUCCUUUCUCUCAUCCUGGUCAAAAAUCUCGCUACUAGAUAUGCGAGCCUGGAUCAGUUUGGCUUGGCUGCAGGCAUCUCCAAGGCGAGCGUCGAGAUAAGCACGAAGCUGUUGGGUCCGAUGCAUAUAGAAACAUUGGGAGCCCGGUAUAACGAGGCUUUUGCGCUUGCCGCCCUAUUCAAUUACAAAGAAGCUGAAGAAAUGGCAGAAGAGGUUUACAAUGCACAGCGCGAAGUUAUUGGGCCAACAAGUCAACAUACGGUGCUGACCUUGGGCCUUCUUGCGCGCCUCAAAUACCGCAACGGCCACCGUGCAGAAGCUAUUGCACUAUUGGAGAAGGGACUUCGAGAAGCCGAAGAUUUGAAUAAAGGGCCUAUGAGGCUACAGGAAGCAUGUGAAUCUCUACUAGCAACGAUGCUGGCAACGAUGAAGAAGAGUGAAGGGUAUGGGGGCAAGGCCAUGUCUGCUGAGGGCGGAUCAGUGGAAUGAGAUUUAAAGUCUCUCAAAUAUUUUUCAUAAAGAAUACCAUCUAAUGCAUAUUUGCCUAUUUUUUACCACAUUAUUCCACCUUUAUAUUCAUGUCAUGGUGACUGACUGUUGCUACCCGAUACGCCUCACGACGUCAUCUCCCCCACCAUCGCCAGCUUCAUCACCCCGCA